UUAAGUCUUAUGUGCAUUACUCUCCUAAACAGUUCACACACACUUUUCACUUUUACACAAAUUUUGGUAUAGUUUAUACGAGAUAUUGCUAGCUUUUCAAUGGAAAGUGGCCAACAAGAUGACGAGACAGAUUUCCUGUUCGAUAUUGUGGUCACUAACGUGGAGUUGAACAAGCCAGUCAAGGAACCCGAAGAACUGCAGGUGCAAGUCAAGUUCGGUGGUGUCAAUGUCCGAAUCACAUCCAGUCGUAUAAACGUGCAGGAUUUCGAGGCCAACAGAGUGACCGAGUUCACCAUUAGUCCAUCUGCACUGCGACGGACCCUGGAGGAUCAGGGAAUGCAGAUAUCCGCCCGACAUGCGGGCUCAACUUUGGGCAGUAAUGUGCUGCUCUUUCCGGACACCUUUAUUGAUAAAAUAGACCCCAAAAUGAACGACCUCUAUUUCGAGGAUACAAUAAAUCUAAUGCGCCGAGUUGACUGCGUUGGCACCAUCAGCAUUCGACUAGUACUGAUCGUCAAGUGCACAGAUCUGGACAUCAUUAAGGAACCGCGAAGGUCCAGUUCCCGUCGAUCUUCCCGAAAGUCCUCUGCAGUGGAGAUCCCUCCCAAAAAGGUGGUACCCAAACAAAGUUGCCAAGGACUGGGUAGGACAUUUAACCUCCAGGACGUGAUGUUCGUCAUCGGUGAUCCCGAUCCGCUGCUCAAGAUUCCAUCAGAACCGUGCUCGGAACUUCCGUUUGAAGAAGGGGAUGUGCGUCUGGAUCUGGACCUAGAGCGCUAUAAGAGCUUGGAAAAUCGUCGCAUACCAGAUAACGAACCCUGUCCCGAGGAGAACCCCUCGAUUGGUCAACUCAGGCAGCUGACACUUCAUUACUCAAGGAUCAUUGGAAUGGUAUCAGAGAAAAUUAACCAGAUGAAUAUGCCUUCUAGCUCGGUGGAUCCCCCAUCGGAGAAGAGUGCUCCGAUUUCAAACGCACCCAUGGAUCCAGCAGAAGAGCGUAAAAUACCAGUUCCUGUGAAAGAUGACACCGACAACGAUGUAAAUCCCAUUCGUUUUUGCCCCAUUUGCUUGUGUCCCAUGUCCUGGCUACCGAAAUAUGCCAAAUGCCCCAAAUGCCAUGCAACUGCUCUUCCUGUGCUGGAAGAACAUCACAGCCGUCAAUUAACUGCGGAUGAGAUUGUAGAAGAGCAGCUGGUGAAGCCAAAACAUGAAGAAUCCGAAGAGAUUGGCUGUAAGUCGUGCCAAGUCCCGAUUAUAAAAACCAAGCCAUUAAAGAAAAAGAAGAAACCUGAAUUGGGCCAACCCGUUCAGAGCUCUGAAUCUGAGUCUGACGAGGAGUGUCCUCCAUGCCGCUGCACUUGCUCCGCCGGAAAGACUUGCGCCCAUUGCCGCAUUCGCAGAAUGUGCGAGGAUGUUUUUAAUGGUGAGAACUCCGCAAGAAUUCCGCAAGAGCAGGAGCGGCAUGUAAAGGUGCCCAGUCCCCGCGAAGACGAGGAUUUCUGUGUGAUCACAAACCCCAUUAACGAUCGUCCCUACCUCUCCAGAGUUUUAAACGAGCUCAAGGAUCUGUAUCAUCUGCACGACACCAAGAAGCUGCUGGACAUGCAGCAGCGCUGCGAAUCGCAAACCCUACUGCCAAUUGACAGUAGACCUUCCAUCAGCCUUAGGCAUUCCCCCAAUUCCUUUGAUCCCCACAUUCCCGGUACUUUGAGUCGCCAGACGGCGGGGCACAAGACCUGUUUGCCGGAGACACACUGUGUUCCUCGUCGGCACGGUUGGGAUUGGCCACGAUCCUGGUUGGCCAGGAAGUACGGUUGGAGGCCGGGGGCCAUUCUUCGAGCAGCUAGUCAGGUGAUGCGCUUCUUCCUGAUGCGCAAGACGAAUCGUGGCGACCAAUGUGGAAAAGACAAGCGGGAACGCAGCGGCCAGCCAAUACUUAAUAUUUGCAAACAGGACGGAGUGAUAUUUGUCACCCUUCGCGCCCUGGCCACUUCGGAGAUGAAACAGAGACCCAUAACCUUCCGCAUUGUGAAGAGCGAACUGGCGGUGGCCCUGCGUCAGAUUAAGCGCGCUUUGAAGGAUCAGGGCUUCAGGAAGUGCACUUGCCACAAGUCCCUGAUGCUGUGCACCUGUCGCGAUGCCUUGGAGAAGUUCGAGCUCAACAAGGCACUGAAAAUCGAGUGCCAGCGACGAAUCAUGGAACCCUGUCCCGAGCACUUGGUGCUCACCGACACGAGCAUCAGUGACCUCGAGUUCAACCUGGAUGUUACUCCGCCAACAGGAACACGAUGGCCGAGGAGUGAAGCCCUCCGGAACGUGGUGAACCAUGGCACACAGACUCAAAAGAAAGGGAUACCAUCUAUAGAACCCAAGUACCCAGUGCCCGAUAGUAACUAUUGGAGGGCCUUUGAUUGCGCAGCUGGAGAUCACUAUAUGGGCACUGCCUUCGGGGACAAUCUGGAGACCGUGUUCGAGGAUGGCAUAUUUGGAUAUGAAGGCGGAGGUCAGCAUGGCAAAGCUCCCGGUCGGCGAGAUCCAAGGGUUUGGGGAAAGCGUACAGGUGCACCAAUGCCAAUUGGCACCGCUCCUGAUCAAAUCGAUCCAUAUAGGUUCACCCGAACUGUUUGGAAGUCACUUCCAAAGAAUAUUGUUCGCCAAAUGCACACAAAUCGCAAACUGUAG